AACUGCGCGGAGCGCUCAGGCCACUGAUGGGAAUACAAGUUGUAGCAGCACCGCCUCGUUUUCGGAGAAGUUUAGCGAGACCGACCUCGCCUUGGCUGUUGGCACCCCAUUUAUCACCACCCAGGCGUGCCGGCCCUGGCCAGAUCUGGUGCCCGCCCCCUUCGACAUGGCCAGAUCAGGGAGGUCACCGGCAUGGCGGCAUCGGUGCACGCGUGGCGAGGAGAAUAACGGCAGGGAGAUGAUGCGUGGGAAUGACGGAGUUCCUCCGGGCUAGGUGGGAGUUCCUUGGGGUUAUUUCGGUUCCUGCAGUAUCUCGCCCUCUCGGGCAUCUUCAAGCAGAGCAGCAGCCUUGCACGAAUUGCUUCUCUCGCUUGUUUGCUCUUCUUUCUGUUAUAGUCUCUCUAGGUAUCUAUGCCGACACCAUUUCCACUAUUGCUAAAUUCUUUUUUUCUUGUUUUGGAGGAGUCGAGUGUCAAUGAUUCAUUUUGUUUUAUUCUCUCAGAGGAGAAUCACUUUCUUUGUUGUAUUUCAGAUGAAAGAUAAAGACUUUGGUUGGGAGAAAACUUGUGCGGAAAGUGCUGGACAGUGUAACAUGACUAAUAAGGAAAUGAUUAAUGGAGGAACUAUUAUCACUAUUGAUAACUGGACUUGUUUAAACUUUUCAAGCAUGUGUACUGAAGAUGUACAGAGGUUCUGUAUGGAUUUUACUCAUAUGUGCAAUGCCACGGGAAUGGCUGUAAAUCCAGAUCCAUGUGUAGAAGUUAUGUCAGUUGCUCCCACACAUAUCGAGAACACUUUAAGAGAUGUACAUUGGAUAGCCACACAGGUGCUUGGACUGCAGGGAAAAGGAAAUCAGCUACAACUUCUGAUUGUAAUUCUGCCUGAAAUUUGUGGUUCAUAUGAGAAAGUUAAAAGAGUGUCUGAAACUGAGAUUGGAGUUCUAUCUCAAUGCUGCUUGCCAAAGCAUGCUGGCCGGCCGAGUAAGCAAUAUCUGGAGAAUGUUGCUCUUGAACUGAACUUCAAGUUUGGAGGACGCAAGACAGUUCUUCAGAGAGCAUUGGUACGCAAUGGCAUGUUUGUUUCAAAAGACCAAACAAUCACCUCAGGUGCUGAUGUAGCGCAUCCCCCGCCACCAGAGGACAGUGUAUCUCCCAUUGCUCAUGUAAAAGUUUGCUUCUGUGGGCAUGAAAUUGAAAUGCCAGUUAACCCACGGAAACAAACAAUACUAAAGUUUGUUCUGUUAGCCCUUAUGAAAUCAAAUAUAAGAGCCCGUGAUUUUUAUUUGACAUUAAAUGGAAAGAUGUUAGACGAAGGUUUGAUGGUGAACUCGGUACUGGCUCUGGGCCGCUCAAGUAUUCAUGUUGUUCCAAGGAUGAGGGGAGGUGCAUACUCUAGCUACCUCUGCAGCUGGUAUUAUCCGAUGAAUAAGAUCAUAGAUGCAUACUCGAAGCGCCUAGUUCGGCGAGUUUUCAUCCACAAGAGAAUGAAAAGUAAAGGAAGCUAUGAGUUUGCACCUGUGUUAUCCGAUUUCUUCCAGUAUCUGCUACAUUAUUUACUUGUAUGUGUGUGCCGGGAGGGCCAUUUGCGUGAUAUUUCUUGGAAUGGGGCCUUUAGCUUAUCUGAUGUCCUACUGUACGAUGGCCAUAUGAGGAUAAGUCCUGAUGUCCCAGUACACCGAUAUUCCCCAGCUGGAGGUGCAGCUGAUUAUCGUCGGUCGUACGAUAUUGUCCUAUUGUUCGUUGAUCUUGACACUGGAAAUUAUCCAGUGCAUGUCAGGUAUCUGCUCAACACAUUGCUUAAUGCUGAUGAGAGUGUGAGGCUCAAGCCUGAGUUUGUCACCUUUUUAGUUAACCACCCGUGCCUGCUUACAUAUGCUGAGAAGCAAAUGGUGUAUAGUUUAGUGGAUCGACUGUGUUCAAAGCUUCCUGAGGCUGUGGUUAAUCGUGUGGAUCAGCUGGUUGGAGUUCGUGGAUGGGUAACCACAAUUAAAGGUGCUGACGCUUUUAAAGAUACCUACACAUAUGUGCCACCCCAGAAACGCUCUGUUCAGAAUCCUCCAGUUCCUGGCGCAGCUGUUCAGAAUCCCCCAGUUCCUGGCGCAGCUGUUCAGAAUCCCCCAGUUCAUGGUGCCGCCGUUCUGAACACAAUCACUGCAACUAAUAUGCAGGGCUAUGGUCAAGGGGUUACUCACUGCCUUCACCUUGGUUGUAACUUUCUUAACAACCCUCCUGUUGAGGCAGAUUUGGAGACUGCAGAGGUGGCUUUAUCUUACUUGUUGGAGUUCGUCUUGCCAGAAGUUCUUGAAGUUCUUUCUAAAGAGUUGACGGGCUAUCAUGCUAGGACGUUUAUGGAAAUACUAUAAAAUCCUAAUGCGGAUAAAAGCACUGUAAGAGUAUCUUUGAGCUGAGGAGCUGCCACCCUAAGAUGCUAGUUGCGAGGAUCCCCAUUCUUGCUCAGUGCAGUGCGCCAGCUGCAGUUGUGGAUCUGACUGAGAAGGGCUAUUGCUAUCUUUGAUUCAUGAUGUACUGCGAAUUGAACAGUGCUCUGUGUGAUCGGUGUUGGUGCCAAUUUGGUUUGUAUCCCUCCUUCUGUAACGUUGUGAAGAAAAACUAGAGCUUUUAGGGGAGUGGCACACUUGCGUGUUGCCUUGGAUUGUUCAAUCUCUGUGUUGCAUACACUGUUGCUGUCUGUAGGCGUGAUGCGGCUGCUCACAAUUGCCGGGAUGCAGGCUAGAGCGUUCAGCACAAAUUGCUUGGCCCCGCCAUUACAGCUUAGUGAUCAUGUAUUACAUAAUUUGUCUAAAAAAUUUGGUGUUACAAAUUUGUGAGUCAUCUUGGGAUCGACAUUGAUUUUCUUUGAGCACAUCCCUCUGUAUCCUUUUAAUUA